AUGGCCGUGCGGCUCCCGCCGUUCUGGCCCGAGAGACCAGCCGUGUGGUUCGCCCAGGCCGAGGCGCAAUUCACCUUGGCUUACAUUAACAGCGAGCGGAUCAAGUUCUGCCACGUCAUCUCACAGCUGGACCACCGAUACGCCACAGAGGUGGAGGAUAUCAUCACCUCUCCACCCGAACAAGGCCCCUACAACCUACUGAGGACCGAGCUUGUGAGGCGGCUAUCCUCAUCGCCAGAGCAGCGCUUCCGGCAACUCCUCACGGUCAAGGAAAUUGGCGACCGUAAGCAGUCCAAGUUCCUGAGGUACCUCAAAAGUCUCGCACCAGACGUGUCUGGUAACGUCAUCCGAAGCGUCUGGACCAGACGGCUGCCCCGUAAUGUACAGAGCUUCCUCGCCGGCCAGACCGAGAGCAACUCGGAGGCCGCAGUCCUCUGUGGGGACCGCAUCUCCGAGGUCGAAGUCCAGCCAGGGCUCGCUGGCGUUGAUGAACCCACGGACAUCGGCACACUUCGGCAGGAGAUCGCUCAACUCUCCCGCCAAGUGGCUGCACUCAGCACCGAACAGGACCGCUUCUACCCCCGCUUCAGUGAGUCCGACAACAAACCGAGAGACAGAGGCUCCAGUCCCAAGCGUUCCCGCCCCGCCUUCAACAACCACCGGCCCGGCAGCAGAUCCCUCUCCCGGGGCACACUGCAUCCAGUAUCUGCUGGUACCACCGCCGCUUCGGCGCUCGGGCACAAAACUGUACUCCGCCCUGCUCCUACCGCCAGCAGGGAACCUGACGCAGCAGACAUCAUCGGUGGCACAUGUCUCACCUACGACAACAGACCGCCUCUUCAUAACAGACAGAGUCAGGAAACGGCAGUUCCUAGUCAACACGGGUUCGGACCUCUAUGUAUACCCCCGCAGGCUCGUCCAUCGACGAAUGGAACGUACCAACUAUGA